GGCUCUCUCUACCUCUGGUGGAAAACAAAUAACCAUUUUCUACCAACCUCUCAAAUGUUGUAUAGACUGGAAAUUAUUUCCAUUUGCACCAGCACCACCACUUUUUUUUUGGAAAGAGCAAAGAGAUCUGUAUUUCGUAAUUGUAGUAAUCUGGCGAGGACUAUUGAGGAGGCAGUACAAGUGAGAGUGAUGUUGUUUCCCUGUCGGCCUCCUCCCUUUCUCAUACAAUAGAGUGCUGUUGCGGUGAGUGAGCCAUUUGCGCGGGCCGGGUCACAGCGGCUGGCAGGGAGGGAAGGCAGACGUUGGAUGGCAGUGAACAUUUGGCUGUGUUCAGCCUGACAUUCUGCUCGGCAAAUCCCGCACUCACCAACAAGCCGAAAAAAAGAAAUAAAACCCUCCAUUUAAAUCGGCCGCUUUAGCUGGGACACUUACAUCACUGACAGCCGGCGCGGAUGCGGAGUUUUAUGCCCAGACAUUUCCACUAUUACCGUCUGUGAAAGCCCGAGGAGCCCCGGCCUGGAGAGGGGGAAGGGAAAGGAGCAACAAGAGACCGCCGAGCCGCCAGGAGGACCAGACCCGGGCCCGCUGUCUGCGCUCCACGGUGAGUGAGGCCGGCGCCCCGGCACCGACUUUACCCUGAACCAGACUGCAGGGAAGAAGGAUAUACUUGCCAUGGAAGGGAGGUCCAGUGAAAUUUGACUGGAUUAAUCGUUGGAUGUGAGGACUGUUCCAUGUUGAGGAAUUGAGGAGAAUUGGCCUUUAUUCCAUGAAUUUUGGAGAAAUGAUGCCUGAUCUCAUUGAAAUUUAUAACAUUCUUCAAGUCUAGAUGGUGUAAUUGUUGAUAGACAGAUGGAAUUUAACUCUGACAAGUGUGAGGUGUUACAUUUUGGUACUGCAAAAUUUUGGAGUACUGACAUCAUUAACCCUUUGCUGGACCUGGAAUUUUUCACUAUUAGGGACUGAAGCUGCUUUACUACAUGUCCAGUGAUCUAAGGUGACGUGAAACCUCCAUCCUUAAACAUUUCCUAAAUAAAAGUUGGGAAUGCGUUAAUAGCCUAUUCAUGAAAGGCUUACCCUCGAAUGACCUCAUGGUUUAAGUGGGACUGAAGAUGAGUAUAAGCAGUGAUGAGGUCAACUUUCUGGUUUAUAGAUAUUUACAGGAGUCUGGUUUUUCCCAUUCAGCAUUCACAUUUGGUAUAGAGAGUCACAUCAGUCAGUCUAAUAUUAAUGGAGCCCUGGUGCCACCAGCAGCUCUCAUCUCGAUCAUACAGAAGGGUUUGCAAUAUGUGGAAGCUGAAGUCAGUAUCAACGAGGAUGGCACACUAUUUGAUGGGAGGCCAAUUGAGUCCCUUUCUUUAAUUGACGCUGUUAUGCCAGACGUAGUGCAGACAAGGCAGCAAGCUUACAGGGACAAGCUGCAGCAGCAACAAGCUGCUGCAGCAGCCGCUGCUGCUGCUGCGGUCAGUCAACAGGGAGCAACAAAGAAUGGAGAGAAUACAGCAAAUGGAGAAGAGAAUGGAGGGCACUCAGUUACUAAUAAUCAUGCAGAUAUGAUGGAAGUUGAUGUAGAUGUGGAUAUUCCAUCCAAUAAAGCUAUGGUAUUGCGUGGCCAUGAAUCAGAAGUUUUCAUUUGUGCUUGGAAUCCAGUCAGUGACCUCUUGGCAUCUGGGUCAGGAGACUCAACAGCACGAAUUUGGAACCUUAGUGAAAAUAGUAGUGGUGGUCCCACUCAGCUGGUACUUAGACAUUGCAUAAGGGAAGGAGGUCAAGAUGUACCAAGCAACAAAGAUGUCACAUCGUUAGACUGGAAUAGUGAAGGCACACUUCUGGCAACAGGUUCUUAUGAUGGAUUUGCAAGAAUAUGGACAAAAGAUGGUAAUCUUGCUAGUACCUUAGGCCAACAUAAAGGACCUAUAUUUGCAUUAAAAUGGAACAAGAAAGGAAAUUUUAUCCUCAGUGCAGGAGUGGAUAAGACAACAAUUAUUUGGGAUGCCCAUACAGGAGAGGCCAAACAGCAAUUUCCUUUUCACUCUGCCCCGGCACUAGAUGUUGACUGGCAAAGCAACAACACAUUUGCUUCUUGCAGCACAGACAUGUGCAUCCAUGUCUGUAAACUAGGUGCAGAUAGGCCUAUCAAGACAUUCCAGGGACACACGAAUGAAGUGAAUGCAAUCAAGUGGGAUCCAACUGGGAAUCUACUUGCAUCUUGUUCUGAUGAUAUGACCUUAAAGAUUUGGAGCAUGAAGCAGGAUGCAUGUGUCCAUGAUUUACAAGCGCACAACAAAGAAAUCUACACAAUCAAGUGGAGUCCCACAGGACCUGGUACUAACAAUCCAAAUGCCAACCUUAUGUUAGCAAGUGCAUCAUUUGAUUCUACUGUACGAUUAUGGGAUGUGGACCGAGGCAUCUGUAUCCACACCUUGACCAAACACCAGGAACCUGUAUACAGUGUAGCGUUCAGCCCAGAUGGAAGAUACCUGGCCAGUGGCUCCUUUGACAAGUGUGUUCACAUCUGGAAUACACAGACAGGCUCUCUUGUCCAUAGCUACAGGGGAACAGGAGGAAUCUUUGAAGUGUGUUGGAAUGCAGCUGGUGAUAAAGUGGGUGCUAGUGCAUCGGAUGGUUCAGUUUGUGUGUUAGAUCUGCGGAAAUAGCGCUGCUAGCUGGAAGCCAUGGACCGACAAUGAAUGUGUACAUAGCCAAAAUGACUGUCCCUGCCCCAUGCACUGCUACAGUCUCACUUGAACCAUGGCCAGUCCACUACAGCCAAAACGAGUCAGAAUGCGAAACCCAGGACAACUGAGCCCUGAUGUGAAGAGUACCCUGACUGCUUAAUGCUGGAAGUUCCACCCACAAAGAAAAGUCAACCUUUCUUGAAGAUGUAAAACAACUUGAAACAGACUUGACAUGAGACCAUAUGUACCAAAAUGGGAAGAUAAUAUCAAAGGACAAAAAUGUCUUUUUUUUUGGUCCAGAGUCUAUGUAGAAUGAGUUAUCUUGUCAGCAGUUCAGCAGAUCUGUGUGCAGACAUAUCAGCUUCUUUAAAUCAGCAGCAAAUACUUUGUUCCCUUGUUUUUAAACAUUGUUUUUUCAUUUUAGUUUACAGUUGCAUGAUGUAAGAGUGACUGUAUCUUGUUUAUUUUUUUCCUACUGACACUUAACACACAAUUAGAAAAAAACUUUUUUAUGGAUACUAUAAGCAGAAUGACAGUGUAUUUAGUAUGUUUUUGGUACAUUUUGUGGCUCACAAACUAACGUGGGGAAAUGUAAAACCGCUCCAAAACUCAGUCUAAAAUUAGUUUCAUUGUACAUCAGUCAUAGAUAACAAGCAGUGGUUUACAGGUGAUGUGGCUAAAUGUAGUAGUUUCUCAAUGGGGACGUUUUUCUGCCGAUUUAUGAGAAUUAAACAAAUGGGCACAAAGAAAGAAUCGAUGCAGGGAUGCAUCCCGUUGCUUUAAGACCAUAAUUUGCAUAUGGUUGGAUUGUGCACUAUUGAUAGAGCAGCUUAUAGAAUUUUGGAAGAUAACUUUUCUGGAUAGAGAAUUAUUGCUGUUGUUCUACUUAUUCUUUGGUAGAACUACAGGCACAAAUUUCACAGCAAGAUUCCAGUAUUAAGACUGAUAUCUCGUAAGCAAUGUUUCUAAAAAUUUAUCCAGUGCAAUGAGGUAAAAACCCCUCUGUCAUAGGGCAGAAAUCAGGCAGGCAUAAUUUUUAUGUUAAUGCUAAGGUAAGGGUUGACUUUGCUUUAAUUUUCUUUCCUUGGUGCUCAUGUAUUACACAUGGGUUUAUCUCGGAUCAGCCCUCUAAAGUACUUGCACUUGCUGGGUUAUUCAGUAAAGUACAGGUAAUAUAGUUGCAAUAGCUUCUUUUUAGAAUAAAAGUAUAUUAUACUAUAAAGUAAAGCAUAUCUGAGCUUUUAAACCUCAGGGGACCCUUCUUCAGAUGAUGAAGUGGUUAAAUAAAUAUUUCUGCUACAAAACGCUCAAUUACUUUUUCACAUGAAGAAAAGACGUUUGAGGUUUCAAAUUCUUGGAUUUAAUGCAUUGUAAGAUGUUAGUUUAACAAAGGUAUUCUUCUAUUUCCCAUAUCCCAUACAGUAACAGAACAAUGAAUAAUGAUUACUGUUGCAAAGGCUUUAUACCACCUCUUCAAACUUGGUCUGUUUUCCUGCUCAUUAGAAGUGCAAGGCUAGUUCAUUUUUUCUUUGAAAGAAGAAACAUGACUAAGAAUUUCUACAGAAAUGUUUGCUUUUGUUUGUCUUUGAAGAAGUCUGUUGAUACAACUGAUCAUAGAUAACAUGGAAUAAUUACAUAGCUGCUGUUCAUGCAGAAACUUCACAGUAUCCGCACUUCUAAAAAUGGCCACUGAAUUCAGUAUGGCUCAAACAUUUAUUACAAUUGAUUUGUCAAAUAUAGAUAAAUGAUUAGGCAGCUUUACACAUUUAUAACAGAUAAGCCCAUUGGUUCUAUUAUUUCCUGGCCUUUUUCUUUUAGGUUGCUUCACAUUAAGGUGAUGAAUGAGACUGGUUUUAUGAUUAUCUCUAGCUUAUAGGUUCAUUGUGAAGUUCAAGUUAAACAAAACAUUUUUGUACUUCCCUCCUUCCACUUAACAUAAUGCAUGAGGCAUUUAUUACUGAUAAUCGAAAGAAUGUGUAUUUGGAUGAAAGAGCCCUGGCUUAUUUUAAUUAAGUUUUCUUUUAAAUGUUUUAAAGUGCAUUCAUCAAUGGUUGUGGGGUGACAAGUGACAGGCCAGAAGCAGUUUUUUUUUAGAUUGGAUAAAAAGAUGUAAUUAGUUUUCUGGUUACAGUUUUAUGACUCAACUGGUGGGGUUUAAGAAUAGUUCUGGAUUUUUUUUUAACCUAACUGCAUACUUUUAAAUUGGAAAAUUACAAAAGUUUGGCAGUUACCUCAUUCAGACUUGGUCAGGUUUAGCCGUCAAAAGUGGGGCCACAGUCAUUCAAAGAUGGGGAUUUAUCUGAAUUGGUAUUUGCAUUUGUUGGCUGUUGAAUGGAUGGCAGUAUUUUUAUUUUUGACACACAUUUGUUGUUACCAUUCGUUGUGGUAUACAGACUUCAAUGAUCUAAGGUUCCUAUUCAUAUCUGGGACUUUGGGGAAACUCAAAGCACCAAAAUAAUGACCACACAGUGCUGUUUGAACUACCUAAAACUAGUAAUUAUUACACAUAAGACAUGUACUAUUGGAAAUUAUCGUACAUUUACUAUGGAUUAAAAAUUGCUCCCCUUUGUCAAACCAAUAUAUACUGUUAUAACUGUUGCUCAUUUGUACCCUUUGCAAGUGCUGUUUUAGGAUGGGCUGCAAAUGAGACUAGAUAGUUGAAGCAAGUGAGGUGUUUAGGUUGGUGAAGACAGCAUUUGAUGCAUUCAGUGCUUAAGAGUGAUUAACUUAGGUCAUGAUUUCAGGGGAUAGUGCUGCAACUCUAGCACUGGAUUUACAUGUCUGCAUCAUUUCUACAGUUCUCACAAAUUCAGAAUUUAAAAAUUGUGAACCUGUAAACCAGGCCAUGAAAGUUUUUUUCUACUCUUUGAACUCUUUAUUGUUCUGUUUUUAUUUGUACCUGUUAAAAAAGACUGAUUUUUUGAUGUACCAUACUGUCCUGGACCAUGUAAAUAUCACCUGAUGAUGUAUUUAGGUUCCACAUUACAUUAAUGAUUUUCCCUCCCACCUCCUCACCUAUCCACCUCUCCAGCCGUUCCUUCCACACCUUAAGUAUCAACGCCAAGGCACAUCUUCUGUUUCAGCUUCCCUUUGCAUCGUAUUGAUCUGACAACCAUAAUUUGCAUCAGAUCCAAAUUAGGUCCAGAAUAAAAUAUAUUUUG